CUGUACGGUGCACCGAUGGAGAAAUUGUUCCAGGUUCUCAAGCACAAGUCGGCCGUCUUCAUCAACGUGCACAUGGUAGUCGCUGGGUUGGUGAACAACUCAAUCUGGCUCGUGUACGGCGUCCUUAUCACCAAUUGGUUCAUCAUCUUCAUCAACGUAUUGUUCGUCUCGGCCAACACGUUCACGUUGUGUCUGUACCGAGUCUAUGACCCGCGUACACAUCCGCUACGAGAUGGCUGGGACGCGCACGACCCCGACCAGGAAGAAAUCUCCAUCUGCGUGGAGCUCACACCUCGUGCAGACACUAAGAAGCCGCUUAAUACGAGUCUACACAGCCCCGAGUACGCGUACAUGGCGUCGCCAAGGCUCGAGAGUGUCAAUGCGAACCAGUCGUAAAACCAUCUGUUUUGAAGUGUCCAUUUUGCGAACUUAAUCAAUUUGUACAUAAACAAACCAAUCUCGGUGGACGUUAUUAUGUGGUCUACACACUUUACCACA